GUGGAAUUGAACUGGGAUGCACUUUUGUAUAGUUGCAAAGCUAGAGAGCUUUAUCACAAUAGAGAUUAUCUGAGUAUUUCACUGGAAGGAUCGUUUGUGCAGACUGUUGCGGGUUUGUUAAUGGUUGGAAGUGGAGGAGGAUAGUGGAGGGUGAAAUACUAAGCGAAAUUGAAGAGUCCGUCCAGACGCUGAGAAAUCUUAUCUUAAAUUGGAUAAAAAUGGAUGGAACAAGGAAUUAUAUUCCUUACAAUCGUUCAAAGGUGGCUGGCAGGCCAAUGCCCGGGUUGUCUGCGAAACACCGUCUGGGAUAUUACGGCUCUCUGCCAUCUCUCAGCAUCGAGAAUCAGGACUCAUCAAUUCAUUCCGUCCCUGAAGCUGUGCCAGUAUCCGGGUUAACAAAAGAUCAACCACUUCAUGGUCCUAUCACAAUGGACCAAACACUGCUUCCAGGUGAAGGUAUGCCCACCAGGUCAGGAGCGAUUACACCCACAAAAUAUGGCUAUUAUGCACCUAUUGAUACGAAAAUGAACGCCGCCUGGCCCGGACCUCCACUGAGUAGGGUGAACGAAAUCCAUUGGACGCAGGACGCACUUCAUCCCAACUUGAUUUUUCAGGAACCGGUCUUUUCAAGACCAAGAAGCGGAAGACAACCUAUUUCACCUACUGGUAACCAAUACGCAUACGACGACGGCGAGAAUGCCAUUUAUGAGCCGAUCCAGAAUUCCGAUACACCUCUGACGUUUUCGCAGGCACAGGUCGCCCUGAACAAUAUGGUACCUAUUGAAUUUCAGAUGCGUGUCGAUCGCUACCAUUCAUCAGGUGCAAAAAGUGCUGACAGCGUGAGUGAAUUCCAUGAUCGGUAUGACUCCGAAGACAGUGUACCCGAUGAUGUGAGGCCGAACAAUUUUGAAAAGGAAUUUCAAGCCCAAAUAGAACGCCAAAACGCUCUACUGCAUGUUAUUCAAAUUGAGAAGAUGAAUUUAGAAGGACGGAUGCGAAGCGCUCUACGUCAGCGUAAAGAGCUUCAAGACCGACUCCGACUCUAUCGCCAACAAACUGGCUACCCAGUCAGGAAUAAAUCUUCAGAAUACUAUUGCAGACCGCAGACGAUGUAUCCUGAUGAGCCAACUUACUUCAAUGCCGUCCAGUCCUAUCCGUCACCUGGAACAAAUCCGAAUGAAAGAAUGAUGUCAGGACAAAGGGUGCGCCAAAGCCCCGCAUGGAAUAUUCCUAAUAUGUCACACGUAGACGUGACACCGUAUUCUGGAAUGAGACCUAACGGUGUAACAUCGGAAUCCUCGAAAUGGAGCGCACCACUAAUGGAUCAACGUGAGGAGAACCAAGUGCCUCAUCUCACUCGUCGGUACACACAUAGUUCUUACUCACCCGGACAAGUAGCGAUGGAUUUCGGUGACAGUCAAACCAAAGGUGCACGACAAAGACCAAGGGGUUCUUCAAGUAGCAGCACCAGUGACCACAUUACAGUAAAAGGAGAAAAUGUACAAAGGUAUUCCUUCCCAACUCAGGUGUCAAGUUCAAUAGCACCAGGGGCGUUGGAUGGAGCCGUUCAAAGAGAAAUUUUUCUCAGGCAACGACCGAACAGGCAUACAAAGUUAUCAGAAUCAAUUAAAGAAAACUCUCCGUCCUAUGCGUUUGGUGGCAACUCGUCUCCCUCCUUUGUUGGUAGCAUGUGCGUACCAAUCAAUAGCUCUCCGCAAAGACACAAAUCACCAAAUGUGAGAUAUUCCAUGGCCAACAUUCCAUACGGUGCAGCAGAGGACUUCAAGCCCAUCAAUGAACCACAAGCAACACCGACAAAUUUCUGGAUGCCAGCCUCAAGCCCCAAACCUCCGAAUGCCGCGCUCAAUGGGCACGAAACACUGGUCAACACGCAGAAUGACACGGAUUGCAGGCCAGUUAGACGACGAAACGUUGACCCACAGACACGACAGACACGAAUACUCCAUUCGAGGAAACCCAUCAUUCCGGAUUUAUACGAACCAGGACAGCAGAAUAUUAUAGAAAACUGAUCCAUCGAAUCAGGCGAAGGGCGUGAACGUGUGGCCAUGGGAGAUCAGGCAAAGUUGCGUUGGGCAGCAUGGAGACUGCCGCGUCAUUUGAAGGAGACUGCCGAGUCAACGAAGUACUAUCGCAAGCAAAUCAACAUUCUCAAUCAGGAAAAUAAUCCCCCAACACAUAAAGAAUCGCGGAAGCCAGCUGUUAAAAAGAAUUUGACUUCCGAGAAUCGAAGUCCAUCUUCUAGCCCAGAACCGAUUGACGAAGAAAUCGCCGAGAUUUGUGCUCGUGAUGUAACGCAACAAGCAGUGACUUCUCAACGCGGCAAUCCCACCAACGGGCCUCGUCGAAUAACUCACCCAGAUCCGUUACCCGUCCAUGUUGAAGAAGAAGACACGGAUGCCGAGUUUGAUAUGACUCCGGUGCAGGAACGACAUAUCUCAAAAGGAAGGCGUCAGAGUCCCACUAUAAAUAACCCCAGGAAAUCGACAAAAAACGUCUUCGUAUACAACCCUGGGGAUAAUAAAUAUGUCAGACCGGAAUUGGGGACGGUCACACAGAGAGCGGUUUCAGCUACUGGUUCCCUUCCUUCGUUUCUUCCAAGCAGACCACCUGAGUCACAAAGUCGAGCGGAUGUGAAAAUCACCAAAGAACCCAAGGCUAAUGCGUCGGAACUUGGACGGAAUGAUCAGGAGUUGUCUGAGAAAACCGAUUCAAACCCUAUAUCUACGCAAAGCCUGAGUAAGACAGAAGAGAGUCCCCAUUCACCCGUGGUCAUGAUGGCCACCUCGAGUACAGCUCCGAGGACGAAUAUGCCCGUCAUGCCGGUAGAAUUCAGUAAUAUCAGCUCAGCAAGCGAAACGAUUCGAGUCGGGAAGCAAACGCUCGGUAAGCAGGAAGAAGUGAAAAUUAUGUGUUUGGGGCCCAUUGAUGGCUUCCAGCUGGAGCCGAAAUCGUCGGGUUUGUAUAGAUCGGAGGAGAUUGACUCUCCAAUCUCGCCUAUUUGGAUCGCCAUUUGUAGCGGAGAUUUAUCGGUUUCUAUCUACGACCUCAAAACACGUUGCCAGCUGCUCAAUUGUCGAGAUCAUGAGCAAUUUUCGCGGACGCCAGUCGUUGCUCUUCUGUCUUUUGUGGCUACGAGCAACAUAAACAAGACCUCCACAGAUAGGUCACUGACGAACAACUCCAAAGCAGUUUCCGGUUUGCUUUGUGUAGUUCAAGUUGAUGGCCAUAUGACACUUUAUAAUAUAGCGAGCCGUCGGGUAUCCGGUCGCCUGGCCAGCAAUCAAAAAAUUGCACAAGCAAUGCUUCUCCCUCAUACAAAAAUACUUCACAACUGUCUUGCACAAAAUAUUCUCCUGAUCGGCUGUAACGGAGCUAUUUUCUGUUGUCAGUGGAGGUUCAGUGUCUACACAACAGACCACACAAACGUCCGACAUCCACACUGGGAAGGUGAACUCCAUGAUCUGGGCGCCAAUAUAUACCACCAUCUCACUGAAGACAAGCGGGUACUUCCAUUUAUCUGCUGCAUCUGUCCACACCAAACAAAAUCAUCUAAUGGGAGGCCCAUCUCUGAAUCUGGGGAAAGCCCAACUAACACCAGCUCCUCAAAACGUCUGCAGCCCACCAACUUUUGUCUUGUUGCAGCAACUUUACUGAAACAUGAAGACCCUGAAGCAGUAAAUUUGAGGAUAUGCUCCUGGGAGCCCAGAGGACAGAAGCUAGCAGCCUGCGAUAAAGUGACUAAAAUACUCAACUUGAACAUCGCUUGCGAAUUGGUCGGGAUCACCUAUGCGGAAAUCGCUGGCUCCUCAAGUAUCUGCGUCUGUUUAACAACUCAGGUUUACUGGUUCAAUCUGAAGUCGCUUGACCUCAUGUCUACUUUGAAACUGCCGCUCUGUGCUCAACCCGCCAGUCUGCUUGCACCCGUGUGGCCACAAACGUUUUCGGGCUGUGCUACGCAAUCACCCCAAAGUGAACGUCUGUGGACCGCUGCGAGCACAGGAAGACUUCUUGAGAUUUCCGCAUUCGAAAGUCAGAGGCGUCGCGACGCACAGGGACGCAACUGUUUGAUCAUGCUCUAUGCAGUCCCUUCAGAUUCAAAAAUAACCACCGUAACGUCCACACUGAACGAAAAAGAAAUUGUCCUUGUUGGAACUGACAAAGGUGAAAUCCACGUGAUCCAUUUUCCAAAAAACUACCAUGUCUGCAAGAUGCCCAACUGCCCAGUCGGUCUUCCUACUGCAGACGAUCUAGUGCAUCAUGUGGUUUGUGACCACUAUCUGGCGAAGCCAAGCUGUUUCGAUAGAACUGGAUUUCAGUGUGAAUGGCCGGAAUGUGACUUCAUCCCCUUAUCUUUGGACGGCCCAAAAAGUGCUGAGGACCUAGUCUCUCACGCGCGCGAACACGUCGCCAACUUGUAAAUUGAAAAAGUCUGCUGUUUGUUGCACCAGAAGAGGCUUAACAUGAUCUGUGGAGUAUUUAUGGGCAAUAUACACAACACUUAUACUGUAGAUACUAAUGACUUAUCUUCCUGAUUAACAUUUCCAACUGUGAUCCUAAUUCAACGUACCUACUUCCAACAGUGUAUUGAACAACCUGAUUUUUUCUAACCGUUUCGAUAGACAAUACACCAGUUGUUCUACCAAUU